UUCAAGAUGGCAACAAACGAUCAAAGUGCUCCUGAAACAACAGUAUCCGUUGCCGAGGAUGGCAACAAUUCUCCAAAAGAUGGAUAUGACAAGAAAUGUAUAUUUUGUAAAAUCGUAAACAAAGAAAUGGGUACUGAGCUUCUUCACUCGGACGAAGAAAUAUCCUGUUUUAGGGAUAUCAAACCUGGAGCACCUCAUCACUAUCUGGUGGUACCCAGUAAACACGUCGGGAACUGCAAAUCACUCGGCAAAGAUCACAUUCCACUUGUUGAGAGGAUGGUGGAGAUGGGCAAAGAAAUACUCCAAAAGAACAAUAUCACAGACCUCGAGGAUGUGAGGUUUGGUUUCCACUGGCCUCCCUUUUGUUCGGUAAGCCACCUGCAUCUCCAUGUGCUGGCCCCAGUUAGCCAGAUGGGAUUCAUCUCCAGACAAUUCUACCGCUUGAAUUCUUACUGGUUCAUAACAGCUGAGCAGCUGAUCCAGAGACUGAAUUCCCUUGGGUAGCUCAACUCAACAAUAAGGCCCGUUGCUGCUGCUGCCGGUGUUGGAGUUGGUGGAUGUGGACAUCUGAAUCGAACAAGCAAACCGGGUUGUGUUACUUCGCUACUUCCUGACUCACUAAAGGAAAGCUGCAGGUGUGACAAAGAGUGCAUUCCAAUAUGCGACCUUGCGUCCUCCACUUGGGCUUGUGGCCUCACGUUUGGCUGAUUCCCCGCCUCCGUGGAGAAAACAAUUAAGUUUCCCCACUGUCAGCCUAGCCAAAACCAUUUUUGGGGGACUAUUCUUACCAUCCUGUUUGAAAAAGAGAAAAUGACUUUACAAUGAGCUUUUGCGAGAUAUUGAAAUAAAAUGCUGUGAUGUCAUCACGGCGUAUUACUUCCUGGUACGAGGCCACAAGCACAAGUGGAGGACGCAAGGUUGCAUAUUGGAACGCACGCACAGUAUUCAAGUGCCUCAGGAUAAUCCUCAUUCUGGCCAUCACAUCACUUGGAUGUUUUACUCAAACCAAUCAGCUGUCACGAGACUAUCUUCGGUUACUCUCUACCUGACGCCAGCGUCAUACACAUGCCUUGACAAGUGUCAUAACAGUGUCAUGGUCAUGAAAAGGUGAUAUUGUUAGAGCUGUCUUUACUAGGGCUGGGAGUCGAUCCAAAUUUCCUGGAUCGAUUCGAUUCCGAUCCAGAAGAUCACAAUCCAAUUCGAUCCACAAUCCGAUUCAAUAUCGAUCUUCUAUAUUGCUGCGUUGUCACUUUAACCCAUUUAUGCCUAAAAUUCUAAGACCGGCUAUAAAAACCUAAAUAUCUCAACCUUUGAUACCCACACAAACAUGAAAUACCUUGGUAUGAGAGAAAGAAGUGGGAAACUUGGUAUGAGAGAGAAGGAUGGGAAAACACUGGCUCUAUUUACUUGAAAAGGCCGUGUGUAUUUGUGCAUGUAGUCUACAUAAAUGUGGAAGAAAGCUACAGGAUGUGGUUGAGAAAAUAGCACCUACUGUAUAAUCAUCGGCAAAAGAUCGAUCCACAAAGUUGUGAAUCAAUAUCACACUUUUCGAACGUGAAUCGAUAUUGGAUCGCGAUUCGAUCUUUUGAACCCAGCCCUAGUCUUUACCAAAACCGAAUGUCACUUAAUGAUAAGUCAUAAAAUGUUUGACAUUGACAUAGUGUUUAUGACUCGUCCAUGACUGCAUUAUGACACUGUUAUGACACCGAUAUAUCAUACAUAUGACGCCAGCGUCAAGUGAAGUGUUACUCUAUUUUCUUCUUUUUUUCAUGUGUAAUUGACAUGUUGAAGUAUAGAACACAAUUUCCUCAGUAUUACAACAGCACUGAUGUGGUAGAAUGAUAAUAAUCAUACAAUCUGAUAAGCAUUGUGAUUACUGAUAAAAGGGAUACAUACUAGUAAAUACUAAUUAAUACAAUCACCAAUAUUGACAUAUCUUGUGUGGAACAGGUCUUCCUAUUAUGCAUUGUAUGGAGAUCAUCAGUAGCAUUUGUCUAGAAACUGGCCAGUCAAAAGCACUAAUUAUUCCAGACAGUGUUAUACAGUUGAUGAUUCCUAUAUGUUUAGCUGCUUAAAACCUGGUCUGUAGAGAAUGGUGAUUUUUGCAUGUGCAAGAAGUGAUGAUUUACUGUGAACGUGUUGUAUGCUGAAAUAUACUGAAUGAGAUGUACCUUAAGUUAUCUAAUAUAUACCAAAUUGUAUAAUGUUCUGCAUUAUUACAGCAGAAAAUUGUGAAACUAGUUGUAGCAUAAUGGUUGCCAUUUAAGCUUGUAAGAGAGUUUGGUCUGUAUGCUGAAUGUUGAGCUGA